AUGCCGUCAACCCUCACAGAUGGGCAACUCGAGGCCAUUAGUGUCAUUGAGAGAACCUGCUCCGUCUUUUCUCUUCUCGGAUGUCUCUUCACCAUCGUCACAUUUUGCAGCUCCACGGCCUUUCACAAGCCCAUCAAUCGGCUCGUCUUUUACGCGUCCUUUGGCAACAUGAUGACCAAUGUCGGCACCCUCAUGUCGCGUGCCUACCUGCACGACAUCCUCUCCGCCGGUUGCCAAUUCCAAGCUUUUUUGAUUCAAAUGCAAUUGCACAGGUUCAUGCCGGCUGAUGCUUUCUGGACACUGGCCAUGGCUGUCAACGUGUACCUAACCUUUUACUACAAAUUCGAUGCCGUGUCCCUGAGACGGAUGGAGAUUCCGUACUUGUUGCUUUGCUAUGGCGUGCCCAUGAUCCCGGCCUUUGUCUUCAUCUUUGUGUCGGACCAGCACGGCGUCCACGUCUACGGCAACGCCCUCCUCUGGUGCUGGAUCUCGUCCGACUGGGACAUUUGGCGCAUUGCCUCAUUCUACGGCCCCGUCUGGGUCGUCAUCAUCAUCACCUUCUUCAUCUACAUCCGCGCCGGGCGCACCAUCUACGAGAAGCGCAAGCAGCUGCGCGACUUCCACUCGUCCGACCCCGACCCGCUGUCCGUCAACGGCGACGCCCACUACUCGGUGCGCACCACCGAGGUCACCAUCACCAGCGAGGCCAUCAGCACCGCCGACGGCGCGCCGGCCCCGUUUGGCCGCCACACGGCCAUCAGCGCCGCGCUGCCCAAGCCCGCGCCCGACGACAGCCGUGCCUACUCCAUCCACGUCACGUCACACUCGGUCGCCUCGGCGCGCUCCCUCGAGGACGUGGAGCUGCCCCUCCAAGGCCGCGGCGACGAGGAGACGGCGACGGCCGCCGCCGCCGCCAUCCCCGCCAGGAAGCCCGUGAUGCCGCAGCCCAUUAGCAGCUUCAGCACGCGGCCGCAGCCGGUGCCGCGUGUGCCGCGCGUGCCCAACCCGCACCGCCGCCGCAACCACGAGCUCAACAACGCGGCGUGGUCGUACACCAAGUGCUCCAUCCUCUUCUUCACCGCCAUCCUCAUCACCUGGAUCCCGUCGAGCGCCAACCGCGUGUACUCGGUCAUCCACCGGGGCGAGAUCAGCGUCGUGCUCGAGUUUAUGAGCGCGUUUGUGCUGCCGCUGCAGGGCUUCUGGAACGCCGUCAUCUACGCCGUCACCUCCAUGGCCGCGUGCAAGGCGCUCCUCCGCGACCUGCGAUACCGCAACAGGCCCGAAGUCACGGAGCUCGUCGACGGCCCGCUGUCUGGCGGCCGCGGCGCACGCGGGACCGACUAUACGACCGGCCCCUUUGCGGGCACCCAGAAGAACAAGUUCGGCACGAGCUUUCUCAGCUCGUCCAGGACGAGGGUCCCCGCGAAGCCCUUUGAUACCGAGAGCGCUACGGAGCUGUCAACGACGCGGACAAACUCGGCAGACGGCCCCCGAAAUUAA